AUGCCCUCGUUCUUCAGCAAAAAGACCCGCUCCCAGGCCUCUGCAGGUCCCGCGAGCGAGUCCUCAGCGCCGCCGCCUCCGCCACCCCCCAACCCAUACCAGCAGCAGCAGUUCUACCAGCAGCAGCGACAACAUCAAUCUGACUACACCGGCGACAGCAGAUCAGAGCAGUCUCAUCGGCCGCCCGAGCCCUUUAUUCCAGCUAAUCAAUUCCAAAGCCAUUCCACUCACAGCAGUCCUUACUCCGCCGGCGUUGAUUUGCGCUACGGACGGGACCCGUCGUUAAACGAGCAGCAGCAGCAGCAGCAGCAGCAGCAACAACAACAACAACAACAACAACAACAACAGCAACAACAGCAACAGCAGCAGCAGCUAUACCGGCAUCCGGCACACUACGCCCCGCACUCAUCGUCCCUUAGUCUCGUGACUCCCCAGCGCACUCCCACCGAGCCCGCCAACUACCACCAGCCCAGUCCCAGUCUCACCAACUCUGCCGACCAGCUGUGGACGACUGCCCACGCAAACACUUCCGCCCAGGACCUUCAGCUCCAGGACAAGUCCGGCAAGCUGCAGAAGAAGAAGGGCUUCUUCAGCCGCAACCAAAGCGUUGCAUCCAGCAGCCCCGGGAAACAAGCGAGGACAGAAAAAUCUCUGGCCCGGUCUGUCUCUGUGAAGCACGCCUUUGGUGGACAUCAACAACAACAACAACAACAACAACAACAACGUGACCCGCAACAAGAGCACGCAAGAGCAGUAGCGAAUGCGAGCUUGCAGACGAGCCAUUCGACAGUAGACCAGAAUAGUCUGGAUCUUGACCUGGAAACCGCACGGCCAUCGACAGGCGAACAGCAGCCUCCCGCCAGUCCCAGGAUCUACGAACCAAGUCUACCGCAGACUCCUCUCGAGCCUCAAUCUUUCCAGCAUACGGAUCGCAGUCAUCACACUUGGCAGCAUAGCCGGCCGGAUAGUGUUGAAUCGAUUGCCAGCCAGGCCUCUUCCCGUCGACCCUCCGUGCAGCAUUCGAGCUUGAAUUAUCCUGCGUCCGUGAAUGACAUGGCCGGCAGCGAUCGUGCACAGCAACAGCAGCAGCAGGGCGGUUCGAUGCCCACUCGCAAAGAUUCUCUCGCGGCGCCGACUGGACACAGUCAAUCGCCGCAUCAUCAGAGUGCGCCCUCAGGAGCUUCGUUCAAAGGCAACUCUUCCCAGCAGAACUUGCACGACACGUCCGCCCAGGGACGCGAGACGCCGCCAGCGGGCCAUUCAUCUAAAUUGCGAGAGGAGUUGGAAAGUUUGGACAUUGGUGCUCUUGUUGCGCGGCAUGAAGAACUCCAGGCCAAAUAUCAAAAGGUCAAGAGAUAUUAUUUUGAAAAGGAAGCGCAGGUCACGCAGCUUCAGAAUACCGUAGCCCACCAGCGCAUGGCUGUUUCCCGCACAGUGUUGGAUGACAACGAGUAUACUGCACGAUUCAACCGCCUCGAUGGGGCGAUCAAAGAGCUGGCGUUCUCGAUACGUAAGGAUUGGAAGACCAUCCCAGAAUGGCUACAUCCGUUUGUCAACGACGAUGCAGUUGCCCGGGGUGCCAAAGAGAUGACCGGAGUUGGCCGCGCUGUCAUCUCGCGGUGGGUAGUUGACGAUGUGUUCAACCGGUAUUUUCACCCCGGCCUGGACCGUAGUUUUAGCGAACACCUGAAGUCGGUCGAGCUCAAUCUGCGCCAACAGCAGGUACAAGUCUUCAAUGAUGAUGAUAAGGAGAACCAGGUUGCGCGCAUCUCGAACUGGAGACGCACAACUCUCGACGGAUUGGCGGAUGAGCUGCAAUCCAAGGCAACGUCUGAGAACCAGGCUCAAUUGACGGAGUAUUGCGUAGAGAAGCUUUCUACAACCCUGCAGUACUACCUCAAGGAACCCGCUCCGCCGGAGCUUGCGCACUACACACAGAUGAUUGUGGAGAAUGCCAUCAACAUCGCCGAGAAAAUCCCACAGGAGUCUCGGGAUAUCAUCGUUGAUUAUCUUGCACCGGGAACCCCGAUCUCCGAGACGACGAUGAAGGUGGAAACGGGCCUGCCACCGUUGGCACGGGCUAUUGCCGAGUGUAAAGACCGGACCUCAGGCGAGAGCACUGACGAGAUGGACGUGGAGACCCAUUCACCGGUACAAGCAGACAACAACAACAACAACAGCAGCAGCAGCAGCAGCAAUAAGAGCCAGAACCGCGAGCAAAGAAAGAAAUAUCCCUUUGGAAGCUUGAUGGGCAAGAAAUCACUCGUUUCAUCGUCGUCGUCGUCGUCGUCGUCCAAUAACAAUACCGCACCAUCACCAUCCCCAUCAUCCGAAGCUCAGCAACGCUCCGUCUCUGGCUCUGCUUCGAUAUCUGAAAAUAACAACAGCACCAACAGCGAGCGAGACGAACUGAACGAUAAGCAGCCCCGAGUACGAUUUGCAACGUUCGUGACUGUGGAGCUACACGACGUCAUCAUUUCACCGCAAUCUUUAUCAAUGUCGACGGCACUUAGGAAGCCGGCAUGGCUUGCGCGCAUCUGCGCAAAGUGCGAUAUCGAUAUGCACACGCUGUUGAGGAUGAUGAAGGCGGCGCUCCCGGCAACAGUGGCCAUUGCCAUGUAUCAAUCAGAUCUGGUGGCCCACGAGUUCACCACCCUAGGCUACCUCAUCCCCGUGGCUGCAAUGUUCAGUCGCUGCGGCUCCCCUCGCGGGAAAUUCAUCCAUUUCCUCGUCCAGGGUCUGGUAUUAGUAUGCUUCGGCGCGGCCAGUAGCGUUCUAAUGGUCUUUUGCUGCGUCAAGGCUCGCCAGCAUACCUCGCCGAGGGAGGAGUUGGCGCAGAUAGCAGCCUCUUCGUCUGCGGAUAUCCUCUCUGUGCCGUAUAAUCCCGCUGCCUCUGCGGUUGCCGGUGUUUGGCUGUUUGUGCAAACUUAUAUCGUCAAUACGCUGCGAGGGAAGGAUCCGCAGCUCGGUAUCCCAGUGACGAUGCAUUGCAUGCUGUUCUUCGUCGCUGCCACCGAGGCCCCGGACUAUACGAGCGUAUCAGCCGGCUUUGCCUUCGUGAAGAGGUUGUUGUUGGCUAUGAUGGCGGGCAUGGCGCUGGCGACGGCAACGAACUUUCUCAUCUUCCCGGAUACGUCGAGGGAUGCCGUUCUCAAGCUGAUGGGUGAUUAUAUCGGUGCUCUGCGGCACACGCUCAAGGCACACGCCUCUUACUUUGAGACUAUGGAGCAAAUAGAUAUGUUUGUGCGGACGCAGACUCGGAACCCCACGGAAGAGAAGAGGCUUUAUAGGGCCAAGGCCGAGGCCGUUCAACAUGCGGCGCGCAAGGUUUCUCACAUGCAUGCUUCGCUCAGCAGUGAACUGCCCUUUGCCAAAAGCGAAAUUGCCUAUGGGAAGCUCUCGUCCGGGGAGUUUGGCGAGAUUUUCAAACAUUUGCGCUCGACCAUGUUGCCGAUUGUUGGGCUGAGUACGGUGGCGGAUGUGUUUGAUCGCGUGAUGGACUGGAAUAAUUGGGCCAAACCGGUGGCAGAAGGCGGCGUGGAUCUGGCGGAUGAUGCUGUUCAUGCACGGAUGGUGCGCGAUUGGAAUCUGAUCAUGGCUAGGGGCCAUGCCCAUUUCGCUGAGAUCUAUGAAGCUAUGGACCUGGGUCUCCAGCAUGUUGCGUAUCAGUUGAAUGUGGCGAAACAACGACAACACAAGAAGCAGAAACCAAAGGAUUUGGAGACUGUUUCUAGUCAGUAUGCUGUACCGGGCGAAGACGGCUUUUCUUCUUAUCUAGAGGAUCAAUGUGAGGCAUUCUACAAGGCUAGAUUGGUCACUCUGAGAGAAUGGUGCGAAGAUAAAGGCAUCGCGCUGCCUGAAGAUUAUUUCUAUCAUCCAACAGAUCAGCCUAUUCGGCUUCCUGAAAACGUGCCCGGGGGGCUGCCUCGAGAUCGAACCGAACGGCAAUUGCAUAUUCUUCUAUAUGUCGAACACAUGCUCUACUCUUCCAGCCGUGCUAUACUCGACUUUGUCCGUUUCACUGACGAUCGUGUCGCCAGUGGGAAAUAUUCUCACAGUCGCCUAGUCAUCCCCGGCAGUAAACAAUCCCGGAAAUGGAUGACGAGUCUCUAUCGAAUCCAAAACUACCAGACGGAAAGCAGCACGGAUGACGAUGACGCCGGCCGUCGUAGGAUUAUUCUUGAUCUUGGAGAAUCAUACAACUACCGCAAAGACCCGGAGCAUCUACCCCCGGAAAACGCCCUGCAGAAGCUUGGUGAAUGGCUUCGCGUGAUACCGAAUUUCUUGCGCUCGUCACGCUCCCAAUAUGGAUUCCGGGUAGCCUGCGCUGCGACCUCGAUUGGUAUCAUUGCCUUUGUCAAACAGUCUCACGUAUUCUUCGUGCGCCAGCGUCUUGCUUGGGCCAUGGUCAUGCAGACCAUCAGCAUGGGCCCGACGGCUGGUCAGACCGUUUUCAAUACUGUCCUGCGCUCCACCGGUACUGUAAUCGGCAUGGUUGGCGCUUUGCUCGUCUGGUACAUACCAGAUGGCCACAUAGCCGGCAUUAUCGUGCUAUUCUUUGUCUGGAAUACUGCUACCUGGUGGAUUCCAUUGAAAAGACCCGUCAUGCAACAAGCCGGUAUAGUGGGCUUGCUCACCACGAUUAUCAUCGUGAGCAGCGAAAUCGAAGUUCAGAAACUAGGCGCCCAGGCAGUAGACGCUGGAGGGCAGCCCUACUACCCGACCUACUUGCUCGCGCCUUACCGUCUGGCGGUGAUUCUGGGCGGUGUAGUGGUGGCAUUUAUAUGGACUAUAUUCCCGUAUCCCAUCUCUGAUCACUCCAUCCUACGACGAGAGCUGGGGGCUGCAUUAUUCGUUUUGGCGAGAUACUACUCCGUUGUCCAUGAGACAAUGAUUGCGCGUGCGCGCGGUGACGAGGGGGACGUGAAUGUGAGAUCGUCUGCGAGUCGACGGCUAGAAAAGGCCCGCCACAAAGCCUAUGCGAAACAGACGGUGUCGCUCAAUAAACUGCGCGCAAAUAUGGAUUCGAUCAGGUGGAUAGUCCAAGUUGGGGGGAAAUUUCCCAAGGGACAGUAUGAGGAGAUUAUCAAUUAUAUGCAAAACAUACUAAACUAUAUCAACCUCCUCGAAUACGCCUCCAGAACCUUCUCCUCUACCAACUCCUCCGACGGACGUGCACACACCCGCACCCACAACGAAAGCGAAUGGUACCACGACUUCACGAAACUCAUCACAAUGACACACAUGGCCUCGCACCAGAUAACGUCUAUAUUUGCCCUGCUCUCGGCUAGCAUACUAAACGCCCAGCCUCUGCCGCCGUACUUACAAGUACCGAGUCCAGAUGCGUUCAUGGAGAAGAUGAAAGAAGUCGACGAGGACAUACUUAACAUCUGCCAUGCGGCCGAGCCAGGGUAUUCGGCGUUUAGCGUGUUGCAGAUUGCUAGUCGGUGUAUUGUUGGGGAUUUGGAGAGGGUGAUUGAGAGUGUCAAAGAUCUUGUUGGGGAGCUCGACUUUUCGUUUCAAAUUACAAGUCCUUCGUCUGAAAAGGAGGAUUGA